AUGCCCAGUAUGCUAAUCACAAAUUUCAUACUGCAGAAGAAGCCUUAUUCCGCGGUUACUGUUGCUGUCGAGAACCUCACGAGCGAGCAAUAUGAAGAGGACGACUUCAGCGGCAUCCCGGAUCUUGUAGAGGCCAUCAAACUUCAAGCAACUGGUCCGGGAGAGGCUGCCAGAGCUAUCCGGAAGAAGCUCAAGUAUGGAAAUGUUCACCGCCAGCUACGCGCUCUCACCAUUUUGGACGGCCUGAUUCAGAAUGCCGGUGCUCGGUUCCAACGUGCGUUUGCUGAUGAAAUGCUACUGGAACGUUUGCGGGUCUGUGGGACGUCGGACCUCUCCGACCCCUUGGUAAAGGACAAGUGUAAAGAGCUUUUUAGAGCCUGGGCGGUUGAGUAUAAGAACACGCGCGGCCUUGAGCGAAUCGCUGCUCUGUAUAAAGAACUUCCUCGUCGCAAACAAGUUGUCACGCAGGAUAAGUCCAAGGUCCUUCGUGAGACAGAACAAAAUCCAUUUGAAGCCGACGACGAAGAGGAAACGCCACCACCAACCCACUCUCGACAGACGUCACUCUCUCAGGGGCAAUCUAGUAGAAGCUCACCGCCAUCAACUUCAUUUUUCGGCCCAACGUCAACGGUUGCCGCCUCCAAGAAAGCUAAAAAGGAGAAGGAGAAGGAGAAGAAGAGCAAGAAGAAACAACGAGUUUUUAACCUGGAGGCGGAGAAAGAGACUAUGAAGAAUUGUAUCGCGGAAUCCUCUGUGGCCUCCACGAAUCUUUUGAAUGCUCUCAGAUUAAUCAAUCGUGAGCGUGAACAAAUAUCUGAGAACCCGGCUGCUGUCCAACAUUUCGAGAUCUGCAAGCUCCUUCGACGAAAGAUAUUACGCUAUAUUCAACACGUGGAGGCUGAGCAAUGGCUGGGAGCUCUACUCCAUGCUAACGAUGAACUCGUCACGGCCCUAAUGACAUUUGAGCAGCUCGAUAGAUCCAUAGAUGCUGAUAGCGAUUCAGAUGACGAGAUGGCUGAGCAGGCUCACUUAUACAACAAGAGUAAGCGAACCCGCUCCAUUCCUCAGCUCAUCAUGUAUUCCGUUGCUGAUUUCUCGAUUCUAGUCGCCGCCGAAAAGAGCAAGGAGAACGAAGCAGCACAGGAGCUGGCUGGCCUUCAUAUCAAUGCCAAAGGUUCCGCCAUGGAACAGCGUCCUUCACCUCCCCCUCGACCACCAGUGCAAAUCCAACCAGCCCAUGAAGACAUCGAUGAUGUUGAGGAAGACGAUGAUGACGAUCCAUUCGCUGAUCGUAAUGCGGUCCAGACUCCGCAUAUCGAGAAGGAUGAACCAGUUUGGUAA